GAACUAUCAUGGGCUUUCGGGCCUUGCGCGUGUCCCUGUCGGUGCUCCGCUCGGAGGCCAAGUCUUCCUUGGCUGAAGCGAAUUGUAUGACUUGGCAAAGCUCACAACACCUUGACGGCGUCGUACCAAAUGCCGCACUAAAGCCGCUUAAUAUGGCCUCAAUGGACACACGUUCACUGCCUUAUCGCUUCUCUCGCGAUGAGAGAAGUCAAUUUCCAUUCAAUAGAGGUCUUUCCCCGUCAACGAGGCUGUCCAGACUUAGGUAUACAUAUCGAGGAUGCUUGGGCGUGCACGAGGUCGUGCACUACCCUCCCCUUGACUCGCACCGAAGACCAUGGCUUAUGGCAUAGAUACGUUCAUGGGAGCAUCCCGUGCGUCAGGUAUGUGCUCAGGACUUUUCUCCCCGCGAAGCCCUUCAUAGGAUACGCCAAAGCGGAGAUGAGAAUGAGCCUUGACUUAUGACCUGUCUUCCGCUGAAGGUCGUAUCGAUUCGGAGCGCAGGUCCUCCGACGACAAUGACAAGAGUCGCUCGAUCGCCUUGGGGAUCG